AUGUCAUCUGCUUGCAGCCACAAGUUGAAGAUGGGGGUUAAACUGAAAGCAGACUACGGUGCAGUGUUACACCUGCCCAUCCUGAGGGAAGGGAAAGACAGAGACUCACACCUUUCGGGCAGCAUGGAAGGCCACCAGAACUACACUCAGCCAGGUGAGGACCCAGAAUACCUGAUCACUGGGACACAUGCCUACCCGUCUGGACCAGGGGUGGCAUUGACCGCUGACACAAAGAUGCACAGGAAUCCCAGUGACACUGGAGUACACUCCAUGGCAUUAGUGUUACCCCCAUCGCAAGCUAGGCAGGACGCGAGUCGCACAGCAGCCAGUAUUGCUGACAUCCACCGGCAUGCAGGAGGAGCAGAGCGAUCUCACCCUCCGUCAUCUGCAGUGUCGCUCCUGGAGGGAGGUGGGACCAGAAAUUCUGCCCUCAUGAGGAGAGCGCCCACAAUGCCCAAACCUCAGUGGCAUCCGCCAUGGAAACUGUUUCGGGUCAUCAGCGGCCACCUUGGCUGGGUGAGGUCCAUCGCUGUAGAGCCUGGGAAUCAGUGGUUUGUCACAGGCUCUGCUGAUAGGACUAUAAAGAUUGCUGGGAAAACCAGAGCAACUCUUACAAACCACAAGAAGUCUGUGCGAACUCUGGUCCUGCACCCCAGACAAUAUACUUUUGCCUCUGGAUCUGCCGAUAACAUCAAGCAGUGGAUGUUCCCAGAUGGAAACUUCAUCCAGAACCUGUCAGGCCACAACGCCAUCAUCAACACUCUGGCUGUUAACUCUGAUGGCGUGUUGGUGUCUGGAGCCGACAAUGGAACUAUCCACAUGUGGGACUGGAGGACCGGAUACAAUUUCCAGCGUAUCCACGCAGCCGUCCAGCCCGGAUCUCUGGACAGCGAGUCGGGAAUCUUCGCUUGCGUGUUCGACCACUCUGAAAGCCGACUGAUCACGGCAGAGGCUGACAAGACCAUUAAAGUUUACAAGGAGGAUGACACCGCUACAGAAGAAAGCCACCCAGUCAACUGGAAACCAGAAAUCCUCAAGAGAAAAAGAUUCUAGAGAUUUCUUAUUUGUUUUUCUUGCCACAGUAACAGCAGUGAAUUUUAUUUCCACCAACUUUUGUUUGCUCGUGCUUUUUCUGUCAGGCAAACUCUCAGCUUUCACAGAAGCAUCCCUCUUUAUUCUAAAAACCUUUUGCAGUCCUCGUUGUAUGAUGUUAGUCUGAUAAAGCAGCCGUUACGGACUGCCAGGAACCUCCCCGAGUGUUUGUUCUUGAUGAUAACGGCUCUCUGAUAGCUCUGAUCCGACUCGUCCACCAACAGAAGCCACUCUUCACCUUCAGAAGGACAGACUUCAGAGUGGACCUGCUCCCUGCUCAAGUCAAACCCUUCAAAGGAAAUGUAUUUGGAAGUUUUAACCAAGAAAGAAAAAACUUGUAUUGUUUCAGCAGAAUUGGUUUUGUACAGACAUGGAAAGUUUAUUAUGCUCCAUUUGAAUAAAGACCACAUUUUUCACA